AUGGCCCAGCUCAAGAAAGCUCCGUCCGUCGUCUUCGCAUCGCCAGAUGCGUCCGAGGUCAAGCCUGGCCACGGCGCCACGUAUCGCGUCGGCCCGUUCCCGAUCUGCCCCGUCCAGACGCUCAUGCAGAACCUCCAGCAGACCGUGCGCAAGCACCCGAAAGGCAAGUUCAUUGGCCACCGCCCGAUCGACUGCCGCGGCAACGCGGGGCCGUACCUCUGGCUCAGCUACGAGCAGGUAAUGCGUACACGCGCAUCCAGCACCGGUCUCGAGAACCAAAAGAUGCUCGAGCCGACGGCCGACGGCCUCCGCAUGCUGUGCAUCUACAUGAAGAACCGCCCGGAGUGGACGCUCGCGCAGUACGCCACAUACUACGCCGGCGGCAUGGUCACGCCGCUCUACGACUCGCUCGGCGCGUCCGCGACGUCGUUCAUCUUGCAGCAGACGCACGCGUCGACGGUCAUUUGCACGAAAGACGAGCUCAAGCACCUUUUGACGGCCAAGGAGAGUGUCUCGACGCUGCACCACGUGAUCCUCUGCGACGUGCGCGUCACGACCGAGGAGGACUUCAACCUCGCGGCCAGCGUCGGGCUCCGGCUCUGGAGCAUGACGGAAGUCGAGAUGCUCGGCGAGCGCUACCCGAUGGAGCCGUCGCCGGCCGCGGGCCACGACCUCGCGAUCCUCAUGUACACGAGCGGCACGACGGGCGAGCCGAAAGGCGUGCAGCUCACGCACCAGAAUCUGCUCAUCGCGGCGCUCGGCGUCGAGGAGCGGCUCAAGCAGGGCAAGGCUGUCGAGGUGUUUGAGAAGAAGCCGAUCUACCUCUCGUACAUGCCGCUGCCGCACGUGAUGGAGCAGCUCGCGCACCUCGUCGUCAUUAGCCACCACGGCUGCAUCGGUUUUUACCAGGGCAACACGCUCAAGCUCCCGGACGACCUCAAGAGCCUCCGGCCCACCAUCUUCAUGACGGUGCCCCGCCUGCUCAACAAGAUGUACGACAAGAUCGUGGGCAUGGCGUCGUCGGCGGGCGGGCUCAAGACGUGGGUCUUCCAGACCGCGCUCAACGCCAAGCUCCACAACCUCCAGAAAGGCAAGACCAACCACGCGCUCUUUGACAAAUCCGUGUUUGACAAGAUCAAGGCCAAAUUGGGUCUCGAUCGGUGCGGGGUCGUGCUCACGGGCUCGGCGCCGCUCUCGGACGACGUGCUCUACUUCUUCCGCGUCCUGCUCAACUGCCCUGUCUUUGAGGGCUACGGCCAGAGCGAGUGCACCGGCGGGUCCUGCUGCACGGACAUCAACGACCUCAGCGCCGGCACGGUCGGCGCGCCGCUCGUCUCGAACGAGAUCAAGCUCGUGUCGGUGCCAGACAUGGGCUACAACGUCACCGACAAGUUCCACGGCGACGACGAGGCGACGCGCAUGCGCGUGAACGGCCGCGGUGAGAUCUGCUACCGCGGCCCGAUCGUCUUUUCCGGGUACUUUAAAGCGCCGGAGAAGACGGCCGAGGUGCUCGACGAGGACGGCUGGCUCCACUCGGGCGAUAUUGGCGUCUGGACGCUCGAUGGCCGCCUCAAGAUUGUCGACCGCAAGAAAAACAUCUUCAAGCUCUCGCAGGGCGAGUACGUGGCCCCCGAGAAGAUUGAAAACAUCAUCAAGGGCAGCGUGUACGUCGCCCAGCCGUUUGUGUAUGGCGACUCGCUCCACUCGAUGCUGGUCGGUAUCAUUGUGCCCGAAGAAGCCGAGCUCCGGCGUCUUGGCGACUCGUUUGGCAUCGCUGGCAGCUUCCCAGAGCUCUGCAAGCACCCCAAGAUCAUCGCGGCGGUCCAGGCCGAUAUCAUUGCGGUGGGGAAGAAGGGUCUCCUCAACGGCUUUGAGACGGUGCGCUCGAUCCUCCUGCACCCGGACCCGUUCACGAUCGAGAACGACCUCAUGACGCCGACGUUCAAGCUCAAGCGCAACGACGUCAAGAAGGCCUUUAUGAAGGAGAUCGACGCGCUCUACGAGAAGAGCGGCGACGUCGUCGCGGGCAAGAACGUCAAGCAGCACUAA